AUGGACCAGGUCAGGUCAGAAGGGGGCCGACCACCGAACCCCCAGACUCAGAUCAUUGUCCUGAGUCAGGCCCCCCUCGACUGGAAUGUUCCAGGGGCCCACUGUGAGGGUGCUGUGUGUCCUGCACCCCUCUUCUUGGAGGCCUCUGCGGUGGAAACCAUUAUGCCCACGUCGACUUUUGGGGCCACCCACGCCAGCGAGGGAGGCUGGCUUCCCAGCCUUCCAGCUCAAGCUCCACCACCAGCUGCCCAGCUGGCCCCCAUCGUGACCUCGAUGAACCCUGGGGCACGGCCACAUGGGGCUUCCAGGGAAGGUAGCCAGGGCACCUCCCGGCCCAAGGCCUCGCCAGAUGACUCCUGCAACCCCAAGAGUGUGUACGUGAACUUCCGACGUUGGCAGUGCUUCAAGGCCCUGGCCCGGGAGCACCUUCCCCAGAGUCCUGAUGUGGAAGCUCUUUCCUGCUUUCUCAUGGCACCUCUGGUGGCAGGAGACGCUGGCCAACGCCCAGUUGGGACUGGGACUUACAACAUUGUGGGCCAGGUCAGGUCAGAAGGGGGCCGACCACAGCCUCCCCAGACUCAGACCAUUGUCCUGACUCAGGCCCCCCCCAACUGGAAUGUUCCAGGGGCAAUCUGUGGGGGUGCUGUGUGUCCUGCACCCCUCUUCUUGGAGGCCUCUGCAGUGGAGACAAUUAUGCCCACCUCUGCUUUUGGGGGCACCCAGGCCAGGGAGGGAGACUGGCGUCCCAGCCUUCCAGCUCAAGCUCCACCACCAGCUGCCCAGCUGGCCCCCAUCGUGACCUCGAUGAACCCUGGGGCACGGCCACAUGGGGUUUCCAGGGAGGGUGGCCUGACCACCUCCCGGCCCAAGGCCUCGCAGGAUGACUCCUGUAACCCCAACAGUGUGUAUAAAAAUUUCCGACGUUGGCAGCGCUUCAAGGCCCUGGCCCGGAGGCACCUUCCCCAGAGUCCUGAUGCGGAAGCUCUUUCCUGCUUUCUCAUCCCAGUGCUCCGGUCCUUGUCCCGCCUGAAACCCACCAUGACGCUGGAGGAGGGAAUGUGGCGGGCCAUGCAUGAGUGGCAGUGCAAAAGCAACUUUGACCGGAUGAUCUAUUACGAGAUGGCAGACAAGUUCAUGGAGUUCGAGGCGCAGGAGGAAAUGCGGUUUCAGAAGUUGCAGUUAAAGAAGGGGGCGCAGGGACAGCCUCCUCCAGCCCCACCAAGGCCUGAUCCUCGGGGGCCCCGAGCCCCAGUGGUGGGCCCACAGCCAGGUACGCCAGCAGGAUCCCCCAGGACCCCUGGCCAAAGCAACAGGGCUGCACCCACGGCCCAGCGAGCCCACACACACAAGAGGCCCCAGGAGACGGAGUCACCUGAUGGGAUCCCCCCCGCGGCCGUGCAGGAGUACAUGGACCUCAUGGACGAGCUGCUGGGGCUGGGCCACUCAGCCGCAGGGGAGCCAGGUGGAGAAUGGGAGGAUGGAGGAAAGGACCUGCUGCCGGACAAGGGUCUCCUGAGCUACCUGGACCAGCUGUGCUGCCAGCAAGACUUCGUCGCCGAGGUGGAGGCAGUCAUUCACCCUGGAUUCGUAAAACAGUUGCUUUCCCCGGACACACGGCAGGAUCCGUUGGCCCUAACUAAGGAGCUGGAGCAGGAGGAAGGACUGACUCCUUCCCAGCUGGUAGAGAAGAGACUCCUGGCAUCGGGGGAGCAGGAGGGUGGGCAGGCACCCCCGAGUCACGGCGCUCCCCUAUUGGACUCAAGUCCUUCUGAGUCUGCAGCCGGCCAAGAUGCCCAGAGGCUUGACCACAGCCCCCAGCUGGGGGUCAGUGACAAAGCCUGCCCACCAGAUACUGACUUCAAGGACCGUCAAAGUCACUGCCGAGCAGAGGCCCACCUGUCCAGGCCCAAGGCGUUUGCUGUCUCUUCAGGACGUCAGGAGUACCCACCACUCUUUGCUCGAGGCACCCCCUCUCCUCCCCAGGGUCACAGGCAGGCUUACUCUGGACUGGGACCCAGGGACGCCUCCAUUCCCAGAGAGACCUCUCUUGUUACCGAGACUCUGGGGCCAGUGGGCAGGUCUAGUGAGGAUGAGGAGGACCUCCCUAGCCUGGCCUUCCUCUUGGGCUCUCCUAACAGCCUGCUGCCCUGUGGGCUCUCUCUGAGCCCUGUCCCUGCCUCGGGCCUUGCCUGCCCUGGAGGUCGGGGGCCCCGGGGAGCUGCCCAGUCCCAGUUCUUUCAGACACUAGGGCUCACCCGAGCAUCACCUCCAGCUUCCAAGUCUCGGAAGCAUGCUCUGGGUGGAGGCCCAGCCCAUGCUGAGAAGACCCCCCUGCCAGGGGCCAGCCUUGGGGUCUGCGGGAGGCCAACAUUGGCUCUGGAGCUGGUUUGCUCCUCACAGCCUCAAAAGAGAAAGUGUGAUCAAUCUGUCACAGGGAGUUGGAAGAAACGGCACUGCAGCCAGUAG